CCGGACUAGCACCGGGCAGUCGUAUAUACAGUGACAGUCCCAUGUGAGACGAGUCAGUCGUGAGUUUACCGUCAGUCCCUAACCGUCACCCUGAAGUCUUCGCCCAUUACGAGGCACCACGCACCUGGACGUAACAGUUACCUGCCUGGCCCUGGUCUGCAGACCCUGCACCCUUCACAACACCGGACGGGGGGGAAUCUGUCCCCCAGUUUGUAACACGGAGCUCCUGUUACACAUGUAUUAACACUUGCCUGUGUUUCGCGAGUGUUCGCACAUUUGACUUAUUCCUUGAUAUAGGAACAGACUUGUUGCAAGUUUUCAGUGAGAAACUUGUGAGACACUCGAACCUGUUGGUGUCUUCACUGCAUCUAAAUGACCGACGGUUUUCUGUGUGGAGCUUACACAUUUUACAUGUCGCAUCAAAACAAAUUGGCUUCAAACGCCCGUCUUCGUCGCUGUAUAUAGGCGUGAAUCGGUGCAGAAUAUUCGCACUUGUGGAUUCUUGAAGAACUACACAAGGUUCGUCAAAUUGACACAGGGCAUAUUCCCCAGCUCUGACCUGUCUUACUUUGAUAUCGCUGUUACCCCGACCGUCGUCCGGAAAACCUCCGGGUGGACAGAUGAUGAUUAUGCCCGCGUGAUAUUUACUGUUUGCUGAGGACAGCAUCGCGCGCCUACACCGACCCUUCACGCAAUCCUUACACCACUCAAGGUUAUUCACGCCGUGAUCGUGUUAUUCUUGGUGGGUCGCAUCUCUGCUGUGUAUAUCGUCAGAAGAAGGCGUUCAUAAAGCCGGACGCGUCAAACUUGGUGAACUCAACAGUCCAGUGCUAGACGCUUUGAUUUGAGUCUUGACUUACCUCUGCUUGAUUACGUGACUUCCAUACCCCCUAUACUUUCUGAUCUACCGGAAACCCUCUUCGUCACAUGCUGGAGUGAGGAAGUCAUCCCAAAUUCCGACAUGGAUAAGUAUAUGGCGAACAUUGAACUAUCUAACGCUUGUCGGCAGUUCUAUCAGUCCCGACUGAAAGCCACGGAGAGUGUCAAAGAGAAACUAGGACUGAGUGAGGAUUGUGAUAAUUCCUCUGCACACAAACCCGAUCAGCAGCAGCCCGUCAACAGACAGUCCUCCUUGGACGACGCCAUGCACAGGCUCAGGAAGGAAAUGGCAUCUCUGAUGGACCAGGAUCUAUCAUUGAUGAAACAAUUGCUCACCCUUAAUGAAGCCAUCGAGGACCUGAAGUGGCGCCGGAGGUACGCCACGACCAACGUGGGCGGCUCUUUUCCCCUCAGUUCAUUAUCUGAUAUGGAGGAGUUUUCAGACACCGAUAUGUUCGACUCGCACUCCGACGUGAAAAUCUCCGGCAUCUCAAACUUAUCUCUGUACAAUACACUGGACAGACGGACGGCUCUUACUGCAGACUUUCUCAACGGUAAUGUCAAUAUACAGGCCGAGCCGGCCACAUCGACAAUGAAAAGAUCUGACGUUGUUAAUUCACAGUCCGUAGAUAGUUCAGGAUUAGACGUUCGAUCUGAAAACAGGGGUCAGCUAGAGGACUACCUGGACGUUCCCCUAACCGUUUCUAAAGAAGACAUUCAGAGGUAUCCCACUGACCAGAGCUCGUUUGACUCCGGAAUUCAUUCCGACGAGGAACGAGUGGUCAUUGUUUGAAUCAAAGGCAUGCCCAAGAGCGUGUUUUAAAUAAAUUGUCUGUGCACUGAAGAUGAAAUCUAGUUAAUGAUAUACUGGAUUUCAUAUGCCGGCAUGACGCUGAUGGGCACCGGUCGUUUCGUGUCAUCUCAAGGUCUUGUAGUCAUGCAGGAGGUGUUCUGGUGUGCCUGGGUGUGCAAUAUGCGUCUUGCACCUCAAGGGAACUGCACAUUGACAAUUUGACGCAACAAAAGACCAUUCCAUGUCUGCGCCUGCAAGUCAGUAACCCACAAGGUGAAGUGUGAUGAGCUUUCGCCUCAGGGGCUAUUAAUAUUUCUCAAUGUUCACUCCUUCGAAUACAGAUGUACCUGGGCUUAAAUGACGCUAGACGUUGAGGGCUAAAGUUGGCAAGACGGAGGCCUGUCCAGUGAAAGAACCCGUCCCAAGAUCUUAAGCGUCUUCCUGCAUGUUUGUAACUGCAGAAAGAUGGUAGUCAUCCGCGAUGUUUCACUUUCUGAUACUCGAAAGACAUGUCAAACUUUCACUAAGAACCAUGCUGUUAUGAGUUGUAAAUAGCCGAAGUGACCAAUCAGUGUUUUAAGUGCUGGUGUGUAAUUUAAAACAUGUCCCGAGGGAUUUCAGUUCGAACCGCAGAAGACUGCUUGAGCUGAAAAGUCUUCAGCUAAAAUGAAAGUAGUUAUAGUUGAAUACCCCUGGAUUCACUGGUAAGAACUAUUGGCAAAAAUUUGGUCGCUGUACAGUAACACGUGACUGCAGUCUAUACCGUGAUUGUUUUGGUUGCCUUGUGUCCUGAACUAUUUCACAGAUUUUAAGAUGAACGGACACCUGGUGUUUUAUGCUAAGGUUCUUUCGGAGCCUUAAAGGUGACCUCAGUGACGCUAGACUGUGCCUGAGACACCACAGAAAGCAACUCGACCCCAACCCACGUCCACUGAGUGCUUGCAGAUUCCAUCCAAUCCCUGCGGUUAUUACGAAACGUUUUGAACGUUGAAUGUGGAGUCUGCGACAAAGCGAUUGGACCGAAAGCCACUGCGUCUUCACGUCGCCGUGCAGCCCUUUGUGAGACAGAGCCGAAGUGUAAAUAUGUAUAUAUGAAUAGCUUAUAGUCUCAGCUUGCCUCUCAAGCACUCCUUGUGGGAUACGGCUUAGACAUAUUUAUUUAAGAUGUAUAUUUAUCACUGAAAUUGUAAAAAUUAUUAAAGCGAACUCCUAUUAGAUGUUCCUUCUCAUUCCCUGAGCUGAAAGUUUCAACACGCUGGCACCGUUCCAAGCGAGGCCAACAGGUGUAUAUAUGUUUAAGUACAGCUACUGGCUUUUAGUGAUACAUUUUGUGCAAAAACAGAAGAAACAUCGUUUGUAUAUAUGUUACAUUUGUAUGCAUAGGUUUCAAAUAUGAAUCAAAAAAGUACUGCUAAAUGUUUACCGAACAUUCAAAACCUCAAACCUGGCGCCAUUGCUGCAUAUAUUCCAUGCAGUACAAUUACUGUCUUUGAACGAUCUGAUCAAUAAUGAUAUUGCUACGUAUUUAUCCCAUUUACACCGCGAACUCAGGUGUUGAAGAGCAUCUAAUAUGUAUAAAAAAUGUUAUUUAAUGCAAAUAAAAAAAUAUUGUUCUUGAACU